AUGUUGGGAGUUGGUCCAAUGACAUAUCAAGCGAUUCCAAGGCCAAAGAAGCCGAAGUCUCACGCAAGAGGUGCAACAAUACCAGGAUCUCCCACUCCAGGUCCAUUCCAAACACAAACAGCACCAGCGUCACAAUCAAGCGGCUUUGGUGGAUUUGUUAAUGCUCAAGUUCACCAAUUUCCGCAAAGUCCUCCAUUACCCUCAAGUCCGUCAUUGCAAACAACAAGUUCCUUUGACAGCAGCAACUUCCACACUGGUCUCAGUGAUACUUCAGCAGGUACAAAGAAGUCGGGCGGUUUUUUUCGCCUUUUCAAAAAGGAUUCGAGGUCCGAUGGUGCAAGGAGUAACGAGGACCUUCCGAGUCGAGGGAAGACAUUAUACAGUCGCAGUGAAGACACUCCGGUGGAAACAGAGUCGGAGCCGGAACCUUUUGAUCCAUUGGAUGAAAUGGGUAUUUUGCCACCUCCAGAUUUUAUUCGUCCUAUGCCAGGGCAAAGACUUGUUCCCCGAGGAGAGCCAAAUGCACUUCGUAGAAUGACCUCAAGCCCAAUUGGAAACACACAAAUUGGAAGAGCCAGAGCCAGAGCUGCCGCCAGACUGAAUGAGUCAAUUUCUGAAGUCUUGGAGUCUGAUUGGCAGACUACCACUGACUGUGAUGAAGAGCAAUCAUCACCGGUUGAUUUAUCAUCAUUUUAUAAUGAGACUUCUCAAGAAUUUAAUGUCAUUACCGACCCAGAAGAGCAACAUGAAUUCAUUGCUGUAGCAUCAGCACCGGCUGGUGAUAAUGCUGCUAUUGCUGAAUGGACCAAUUACAUCAAGUCUUAUUCCUCGGGCUAUUUCAAUAUCUCGAAGCCCCCGGCUCCACCUCCACGCAGUGUGCAUUUUGAAUACUUGCCAGCAGUGUAUCCACAUGAUGAGGAAAGUCGAAUCACAAAGCAUUACUCCAUUGAUGCUCCCUGGACUCCGGAGUUAGGUGGUAAAACUAUUGCUUUGAUGGGAGCGGCAGCAAAACGAUUCCGCCUCAGUUGUGCUGCUGUCAGUGCUUUCGACGAAUGGCACGAGAUAUUGAGAGUUGAGGAUUGGCGGUUCGCAGGAAAUCCUUGGGUCACUGGCUCCCCCCAUAUUCGAUUGUUCGCUGCAGCACCGUUGAUCUCAGAUUCUGGAGAAAUAAUGGGCGUCUUUUCUAUUCACAGCAAACAACCUAGAUCUGAGUUCUCCCGAGUAGACAGACGAGAGCUUGCUGAGUUUGCAGCUCUAUCCGUUAAAGAUAUUUGCUUGCACGGCGAACGACAUUAUCGGAGCGUGUCUGCGGAGUCCGCUCUUCCUAAUGAUAAUUCUCCAGAGGCCUUUCGCCAAUAUUUAACGCCCACCCGAUCCCAAAAUUUUCCAGGCGCAGUGGAUCCUGAUAGCCGUCCAUAUUCUACAAGUGAUCUAACAUCGGUGGAUAUGCCACAGAACAACACACCAAAUGACACUUUCUAUUCUGACGACAGUUACAGCCAUUAUCAGUUGGACCUUGAUGGACCAACUACUCCAAAACAACCCCGAUUUGUCUUUCCAAAUACAGUUUAUCGUAAUCUUGGUCCCUCGACCAGCGGCAUCUCGUUAAAUAACAGCUUUGGUCGAUUGUACAUGGAAGGUGACAGCAUGGCAGGAAGCAAUUAUCACCAGGAGCUAUUGGAACCAGACGUUGCAAGACGCAGCACAUCACUCACCCGACCCUUCUCAACAAUUAGUUCAAAUUCAAUGAGAACUAGUUUUUCCAGUAAGAUUGGUGGACCAAAUCAAGGUGAUGAGAAUACUACAUCCAGUGCACCGCGAUCAAAUAUUGCGGAAGCAGCCUUUUCAUGCUCCUUCAGUGGCAGACAGUUUGGCUUCGAUCAGACAUAUGCUGUUCAAGUUGAUUGUCCAUACCCUGGCAUGUCGGACAGAGACCUUUUGGGACCUCAUGGUCUUAAUUUAAAGAUCUUGGCAUCUUAUGGUCUUCCUUAUGGCUAUGAGUCUGAGCUUAAUAGGAACUUAUCUUUGAAGACAGCUUUCCUGAAGGGCUUGCGCACUAAUGAGUUCUGUCAUAUUUGGGCUCAAGACGAGACAUCGGAAACUCAUCGACAGGAAGGCUCAUUAGACUUUGGGGUAUUGAUGCCAUUAUGUCCUUUGAGUCAAACCAGAUCUCGCGAUCAUGGAAUUGUUUAUGCCAUGUUCAAGAAAGUGAACUUGUCUUCACACAACAACCUUCAGCGAACUGAUGUUGAUCUACAUGGGUUGAGGUGUGCGGCUAACUCAAUGACAAUUCUUCUUUUUAAUCUCGAAAUUGGGGAUGUUGAAACUCAAUCAUUUGCCAAGCAGAAGGUACAAAGACAAGGCACACCAACUAUCAUUGGUGCUACUGAAGUUGGCCGGAUCUACUAUAGUAGACGUCCGCCUUCGGCAUACAGCAGACAUUCUUCCUUUUGA